UAUGACAAAAUGGAGUGAUAGUUUCGUUCAAAGAGCUAAAUCAAAGAAUGGAAAAACUACAGUCGACCUGUCAAAAACUCUACAAAAUUUUACUAUAUCACUUCAUAAGCUGAAAAUUUUUGAUAAUUUAGAUUUUAUGGACUUGGAUCACACCAUGCUGUGGAUUAAAAGGACUAAUAUCAACGGGCAAAGAAAUACCCUGGGUAUUGCUUAUUUUGGGUCUAUAUGUACUAGAUUUUCCACGUCAGUUAUCUUGGACCAUGGAAAUGAGGCCUAUCUAACAGCAGCUCAUGAAAUUGGUCAUUGCCUGGGGGCUAGUCAUGACGGGAAUUCAUCAUCAACAGAAUCAUAUAAUCAGAGUCAAUGCAGAAAUGACCAAUAUUUAAUGAGUUCUUUAAAGCACGUAAAAAAAAGUAGAUUUGUCUUUAGUCCGUGUUCUGAAUCAUCUAUAUACAAAACUAUAAUGGGUUUAAACAAAAUGAAAUCAUCUUUUCCAAGAGUAUGCCUAUCCAACAAAGUUUGCGGUCAUAAUUAUAAUUAUAUUCGAAAUUACGAACCCUUCGGCCAAAUAGAAAGUCAAAGAGAACAAUGCGCUAAAUGGAUAAAAAGCGUUGGAGCAGAUUUAGAGUUAUAUAGAGUAUCUCCAAGAGGAACAACUUGCGCAUUCCUCCGAUGCAAUCUUAAUGGAAAGACUUACGGUAGCCAAUACGGCGUUGCUGAUGGAACUCCUUGCACAGCCGGUAAAAUAUGUUGGAGAGGAAAAUGUAAAUCAGCCGAUGUAUUGCAAUAUGAAAGUAAGGCUUUCUCGCAAGAUAACAUGUGUAAAAUUGAGAAUGAAAUCGAUAGGAAAGUACCCAAAAAUUGUACAGAUAAGGAUGAUAUUGCGGCUUUUUGUGACGUAUAUGUGUCGAAAUAUCCUCGUUUCUGCUUUAAAUAUAAAGACUAUGGCGGUUGUUGCGAAACUUGUCAUAAAUACGGUUUGAAGAGUUUUAGAUUGAAUUCUUUAAGAGAUCAGUGUUCGCCAAAUCCGUGUAAAAAUAAAGGAAGAUGCUUAAAUUUUGAAAGUCGUAAAGGGUUUAUGUGCGAAUGCGACGAAGGAUAUAUUGGAGAAUUUUGCGAAAUAAAACUAAUACAAUGUCAAGGAUUAAACGAUAUUAAUAAUAUUCAAUUAGCAAAUUUGGGGUAUAAAAUAGAUUGCCAACAACUUUUUACUGAAAAACUAUCGUGUUCUUCGCGAGAUGUUUCAGAAAUAUGUUACCAACAAUGUAAACCUUGUCUUUGUAAGCCAUGUUUGAAUGGUGGAACAUGCAUACCUCAAGAUUUUGAUUAUGAAUGCAAGUGUGCAAGGGGUUAUGCCGGUAAAUCUUGUGAAAUUAUGAGAGGUUGUAUGGAUACUAAUGGAAGAUUUAAGAUAAGAGAUGGAAUAGGAAAUAUUAUUGGUUGGAUAACAUGUCAGGAAGGAAUUCUUUUAUUGGGAUCAUCGUACUUUUGUUCUGUACGAGGAACAGAAUGUUGUAAAACCUGUAAAGAGUGGAUUAAACGAUUAGAUCUUUGAUAGGAUUUAUACAUCUUUCCUUAGAUACAAAAGAUUAUGCUCUAUUAUUAAUUAAAC